AUCCAAAAUGGAACACGGAGGUAAUUAUUUUAACAGGACACAGGCCUUCCACUUAUUUAAAUAAUGUUUAAGGCCAGAUCUUAGGUUAGGCUUAUAUCUGUCUGGGCAGUGAUCUAAACCAAAACAUUUCUACUUUUAGUUUUAAGGUCUAUACUUGACUUUUCUAUUUUUUGUCCAUUACAAAACAGAGGUGCCAAGGUUGAUUAAAUACUACACCAUCACCACUGGCAAUACUAUGGGUUCUCAUAUCCAGUUUACGAGACAACUUGGAGGAGGCUUCACUGAAGUGAUGUCACCAGAGCAGAGUGAUUUCAUCAUGGCUUUCUGUCCCAUUGUCUCUCGUGCUGGUACUGAUAUUGAGGCAGCACUGCAGCAGAUUCCAGGUAAUUUAGUCAAGGCAGAAUCAAUCCCUCCAAAAUGAAUGGAAAAAUAGGCAAACAAAAUAAAAUGGUAAUGAGGUGAUGUGUAUUUUGUUUUCUUUUUGACAGUUGGUAAACCUGUAAUUCUGGUAGUGCUGCAUCACACCUUCAACCCAGACUACACCGUACCUGACAGCAGCAGACUAGUGACCAGAGGUGAUGUAAUACUCACAGUGGACUGUCUCUUCCAUGAGAACCAAGGAGGACUACUGGAGUGUCAUCGCAAUGAAGCAGCAGUCAAAGAUAUUCUGAAGAAGCUUAAUAUACAUCCUGUGGUAUUUACUCAUCACCACCAUUUUGAAUUUCACUUUGUUAAUGAUGUACUAUGAGAACUAAAGAUAACGUUUUAAUCUUUCUUUCUUUUACAGACUGAAUCUGGAUCUGCAGUCAGUCGUUGUAAGUCCACCAUUAAUUCAAAC